AUGGAGAAACUCGCUACUGCAUGGCUGCAUAAGGACAUUCAUCGCCUUGACAUGCAGCAGCACUGUGCACAAGCCACCCUCCACGAUACUCACAUGGACCUUCAGUCGAAGAAGGUCUGGGUGCUCAAGAAGCAAGGGGUAUACACUCCCCAUGCACGACGACUGGCCAGGGAGCUCCUGAAGGCCGGAUGUGCCUCUGAACAUGUUGUGAAUGCCAUGGUUGCAUGCACUCAUGCCUUUGGAAUGAAGGUUUGCCAUAAGAUGAGUGCACACACUGUUUUACAUGCAUGCGACAAAGGUGGCUAUUUCGGUUUGAUGCAGCUAGGUCGAGAAAUCAUGCAGGCUGAAGGGUUCAGGGAAAGUAGCAAUGGAACCACCCACCAAAAGAUUACUUACGAAUCGCACCAUGUCACUAUUUUGGCACCAACAUACAAACUUGGUGUGGAUGACACAGACAAAUUGACGUGGUCACACCAGGUUCGUUUCAUAGACCUUGAACCUGCCCUGGAUCAUACAGCAAAGACACAAUUUGAGGGAACAAAGAACCUUGCUUCACGGAUUGUUUCAGCCUACUCAAAUAGCCCACUCUCGCAGCGUGAUGGCACGAAGAUGGAGACAAAUGACUGGAUUCAGAAGGAGGAGUUUCAGAACAUGGAUCAUGCGUCCGAUGGGAAGAAGAAGCUUCGAUUCUGUCAAGAGUGGAAGGAGGAGGUCAUUCACAAGGACCUUGGUGAGAAGGUUCUCGAGGAGAUGGACCUGAGUGCGUCGCUCAGGAAAGCAAAAUUCUUGACACUUGGCGAGAGUGAACAUAUGCUCCUGGUCUCUCUCAUCUUUGCAGGGUGUGGCGGGCACAAGGAUCUUAACGCCUUCAAGUAUGGAGUUGUUCGGAUGAACAUCACCUGGGAAUUAAAGAAGCGGCCCCCACCUGUGCUCCUUGCAAACAAUGCUAACAAUGCUGUCAUCCAACUUGGGCAAGAAGCAGACAGCGCCGCUAUUCAGCACGCAGUCGAUUCAAGCACUCAUAGUGGUGUCAAGCUUGCUAGUCUUGCUGGCUCUUUGUUCAACCACAAAAAGGUACACGGGCUCAAGAUGUUCAGAAAAUUCCCUGACACAUCGAACACUCGGUAUCAAUCUCAUUCCUACGCUGCUGCCGAGUUAAUCACCUUCCUGGAUCUCUACAUUGAACUUGUCAAGGACGCUCAUGAUGCAAAGAAAAAAGCUGAAUUUAAUCACCUUGAGAAGACCAUUGCUAAGGGCCUCGAGGAUCCAUCUACGUUGGCUGAGCUGGCAGCUAUGGCGCUCUCAGCACUGGUAGCCCUAUUAUCCCUAACCACUAAGCCAGAGUUCAAUGAAAUUAUUGCCAACCACUCAUGA